AUGCGCGGCACUUCCGGGUCUGUCCGCGCGGAGGAGAGGCGCGUCGUGGGCGCAGCAUCCAGAGAUACAAAGAAGACGGCGACAAUGGCCGAUAUGUCUCUGUACCUCACCAACGUCGCUGUGUCCAUCGGACAGGGCGUGGACGUGCAGCAGACUCUGAGCCCCAACCCGGCUCUGGGCUUUGAGAGUGUGGAGCUGGGGGAGCUGGGCAGGAGAGAGGAGCAGCAGCAGAGGGAGAAGGUCCCCCGCAGGAUCAUCCAUUUCUCCAGUGGGGAGACCAUGGAGGAGUACAGCACCGACGAGGAGGAGGGGGGGAGCGGAGAGCCAGAGAGGAAAGACCUGCUGUCCUCGAGGUCUAAGUUGACCUGGGGUCCAUAUUUCUGGUUUCACAUGUGGAGAGCGGCCACGUCCACCAUCUCAGCCUGUGACUACCUGGGGGAGAGGAUGGCCUCCCUCUUUGGGAUAACGUCAGCCAAAUAUCAGUACGCUAUUGAUGAAUACUACAGGAUGAAGAAGGAGAGGGAGGAAGAGAAAGAGGAAGACCGCCUGUCAGAGGAAGCGGAGCGGUCCUUUGACCAGCUGCCGUCUCAGGAAGAUGAAGACGAGCCAAUCACUACGACCGACCGGCCGGAGGCGGCCACCGCUCACCCUGACGUGACCUAUCAGAUUGAGAAUGAAAAUCGGGCAUCUUCGAGCACCAUCCGGGUCCCUGCUAUCGUCACGGCAACCUAACUGACCCUAGACAUGGACAUUUGCUCUGUUAUGUGUGUCUGUCCGUUAAAGAAGGAACACUGUCUUGUUUCACCAAGCACCGUUUGGUUUGUGUACAACACAGCUUUAGAUGGGCAGUGCUGCUGUAUUGUGGUUGUUUGGCCAGGACAGUAGUGGUGGAGUUAGUGUCCCUAUGCAACAGUGUAGCAACUGGUAAAAAACACCUGCUGGGUAAUGGAGCAACAUAUGAUCUUUGAGUAUAUUGAGUUAUGAGUGUUAUUGAAAACAUACAGUAUGAGUCAGAAAAUGCUUAGUUUUGUUCACAUUGUGAACUCGACUAGAACGACAGUUGUGCAUUUUGGUUCGUUGUCACAUUAUCCAGCUAUUGUGUUGUCACAUCUGCUGUGGAGUGAGGGUACCGUGUUGCUCCCCCGUGCCUCCGAUCGACCGGACACUGUGCCUAAAUCAACAAUACAGCCGAGUCAGUGACAGAUCUGGACAACGCCUAUAUUUGGAAAUGUUUGAAGACGUCAAACAGCCUUUGCUUCAGUGAGGAUUCGUUUUUUCAAAUAGCUGGUGCUCGUAGAACAUCUGUUUUGUCCAGAUCUGAUCCAACUGGUGCAUUCCUGAUACAUCCGGCUGCACCAGAGAGCUCGCCCUUCUAACACUCCCUCACACGUUGAUUUUGCUCUUUGUGUUUUUGUAUUAAUGCAUAUUAAGCUUGUAUUGCACUCAAUGUCUGUGUGGAAGCACUGAGCAGAUUUAGCCUUGGUUAUCAAAUCAUCUGUGGACCACCAGACGAAGAAAAGAAUGAAACGGGUCUAGGUGUUCUAUGUUGCUCUCAUCAUGCCUGAUCAACGAUGGACAUAAGAACAGUGGAUGUAGUGUGUAAGCCUUUGGUAAUGGCAGGGAGCAUUGUUACACUAAUUCUGUAUUAAGACAUGCCAACGUACAUUUUAAACUUUUUUUGGUACAAUUUUUUAUAUUUAUGUAUUAUUUUACCACUUAAUUAAGCAUAUUUUCGAUUAAUUUGGUAAGUAACACUGUCAUGAACUGUUAAUAAAAAUCAUAGUUAUUGUGUUACCUUUUUAA